GGCACCAGAGUUCUCUGGAAGGAGAGCGCGAACCCAGGCAGCGGCGGCGGCAGCGGCGGGGAAACGCGGAUUCCGCCCCGAGCCUCAGCGUGGGGAGCUCGCGCUCGCCCCCGGCCGCCCGACUCACUCGCCCCAAGUCCCGGCAGCUCCCAGAGCACUUGCGUCUUCCGCGCGACCCCGGUCCAGCAAGCUGGGAUCUAUGAGCGGAAAGGUGACCAAGCCCAAAGAGGAGAAAGAUGCUUCUAAGGUUCUGGAUGACGCCCCCCCUGGCACACAGGAAUACAUUAUGUUACGACAAGAUUCCAUCCAAUCUGCGGAAUUAAAGAAAAAAGAGUCCCCCUUUCGUGCUAAGUGUCACGAAAUCUUCUGCUGCCCGCUGAAGCAAGUACACCACAAAGAGAACACAGAACCCGAAGAACCUCAGCUUAAGGGUAUAGUUACCAAACUAUACAGCCGACAAGGCUACCACUUGCAGCUGCAGGCAGAUGGAACCAUUGAUGGAACAAAAGAUGAGGACAGCACAUACACUCUGUUUAACCUCAUCCCUGUGGGUCUCCGAGUGGUGGCCAUUCAAGGAGUUCAAACCAAGCUGUAUUUGGCAAUGAACAGUGAGGGAUACCUUUACACCUCGGAACAUUUCACGCCUGAGUGCAAAUUCAAAGAAUCGGUGUUUGAGAAUUAUUAUGUGACGUAUUCUUCAAUGAUAUACCGUCAGCAGCAGUCAGGCCGAGGGUGGUAUCUAGGUCUGAACAAAGAAGGAGAGAUCAUGAAAGGAAACCAUGUGAAGAAGAACAAGCCUGCAGCCCACUUUCUGCCCAAGCCACUAAAAGUGGCUAUGUACAAGGAGCCGUCACUGCACGAUCUUACCGAGUUCUCCCGAUCUGGAAGCGGAACCCCAACCAAGAGCAGAAGUGUCUCCGGCGUGCUGAACGGAGGCAAAUCCAUGAGUCACAAUGAAUCAACGUAGCCAGUGAGGGCAAAACAAGGGCUCUGUAACAGAACCUUACCUCCAGGUGCUGUUGAAUUCUUCAGCAGUCCUUCACCCAAAAGUUCAAAUUUUUCAACGACAUUUACCAAAUAGGCAGAAUUCACUAUUCUCUCUGCCUUUCGUUAAAACCUUCUUAUGAUCUAAAGCCCCAUGAUUUAGAUUGAGCUUGUGCAAAAGAUUGCCAAGUAUUAUCACAGAACUAAAUCUGGGAGAAAGACUGCUCAAUUUUCUCAUGAUCUCACUCUUGUUUGGGGGAUGACAAACCAAAAGUAUUUCACAGCACUCACUAAUGCUGAUAAAAAAUGCUCUCUAAACCAAGAAAAAUGAAAAGACCACAACUGCUCUUCAAAAAACAAAAAGAAAACAAAAAUAAAUGCUUAAAUGUUUUGUGGGGGCAAAAAAAUUAUGUGAACUGUGUUGUUUUCUUGGCUUAAUGUUUUCUAUCUACGCUUGACUCAGAUGUAUCCUUUACUUUGGUGUAGUGCAAAUUUAUGGUUUUUGGAAACUCGGUGGUUUACUAUUUGACUCUGUGUCAUUUAAUUGAAAUCAACCAAAUUCAGGGUUGAAUCUGAAUUGGCAUCUCAGGCUCAAGGUAACCGUGUUCUUAUGCUUUCACCAGUAACUUUGUUUUAGAUUUGUAGUAUUCUGGUCGAGUUCUUGUGCUGUACAUUGUAUGUAGAAAUUGAGUUCUAUUGUCAACCCCAGUGAGUAAAGACUACUUACAAAUAUUUAUCCUGAAGUGUAGAUUUCUCUUAAUUCCAUUUGUGUUAUCACGUUACACUGUUGUGGCUUCUCGCAUAAAGACAGGAACUGUGGAACUGUGAUGUCUCUCGUGUUGUUAAAAUAAGAAGUGUUUUAUCUGUAUACGUAUGAGUCCUCCUGUUAUUGUAUUUGACACAUGAAUAUUGUGUACAAGGAAAUGUUAAGACUGGUUACCCCUAAACAACAUAUACUUAUACUUGCUUCUGGAAAAGUGUUUAAGACUUAGCUAGGUUUCCAUUUAGAUCUUCAUAUCUGUUGCAUGGAAGAAAGUUGGAAUCUUGGCAUAGAGUUGCAUGAUAUGUAAGAUUUUGUGCAUUAAUAAUUGUUAAAAUCUGUGAUCCCAAAGUGGACAUAGCAUGUACAGGCAGUUUUCUGUCCUGUGCACAAAAAAUGUUUAAAAAAACUUGUUUAAUAUUUGUUGUUGUAUACACAAAUACGCACCGAAUAAACUCUUUAUAUUCAUUCAAA